GACUCCUGACAAGAAUUAAUUGCUGCACUUUAAGUACACACCAUGCCUCAGGCAGCGGCUGGACCAUCAAAAACCACAGCAGGGUCGUGUGGGCACACAACCCCCACUUACCAACCAGCGAGAUGGACCCCGAGGAAAAGACAGACGCAGUCAUGCCAGGUCGAAAGUUGUACUGCAGCGCAGGAAACAGCUCAGGUUCGUAACUAGUGAAGGAGAAACACACACGAGAAGGUCAGCAAAGGGCUAGCAGGCUCACCUGUGCUACGUCAACAAUGUCAGCUGACCUGCAGUGGUCUUGGUGGGCCAGAAACAGAUCCUCCAGGUUGAUUGGAAAGGUUUUGCAAGUGCCCCCUAUGUUGAGAACCUUGAAGUCCAGAAAGCGGACCGGGUAGCCCAGCUUGAGAACUUUGAAGGCAAACUUCCUGGCGGCGACCUUGGACUCCUCCUCGCUGUGGGACAAACAGAUUCAACGACGGCUCAACGCCUUCAAGGGCAGACGCAUGCAGGGACUGACCUCUUGGCUCCUGUGCAGAACAGGAUUCCCGACUGGAAGAUCCUCGCGGUGGUCUGGGGCUUCCUGAUCUUCAUGACGAGCGACUUGAAGACCUGAAACGAAAGCGCCCAUAGCAACGAACAUUACUUCCGUCAACAACACAGCGGCACAGAAAGCCGGUGUCUGCUACAACUAAACAUGGCCGAUUUCGUGAGAGCCGCAGCCGACUACUACUUUGGACCAAAUGUGGAUCCAGAACCUUAUCCUCGUGAGCCUGAAUAUACGAAGGAUGAGACGCAGGUUUUAGAAGAUGAGUGGGCAAGAAGACAAAGUGAAACGUUGGAGCAGACCGGGACCUGGAGAGUCUGGACCAGCACGACUUGGUGGUGUAAAAUGUGGAGCUUGCCAAGACAUGCCGACAGAAAUUCAGCGUGUGUGCUGUUUGAGUGACAGUGUUGCCAUCGAUGGAAAGGCUUCGUGUACAUGGCGAGGAGGACAUGAAUUGCGUCAAGAGACGGCAUCAUAACGAACGAACGAACGAAAAAAAUCAACUGGCAAAGAUGACCCAGGCCAGCUGGACCAGACGGACAACCGUCCAUCCAGACAAAAGACACGUUAGCAGGCCCAGCCGGAGCAGAUGUUGGAGCUCCGGGAAAACAAGAGGAAGCGACAAGAAGGACGCCGAAGAAAGGAGACUUCUAGACGGUAAACCUUCGGAGAGAAUAUGGCCCAAGAUGUCUGUGGAUUCUAGUCAUUCCUGUGUGCUGGUGCCAUCGCGAGACUCCAGGGUUUCCUGUGCCUUCCAAACAGCGGACGAGAAAGAUGACGUCCCCGCGGUGGGAGAGGAGAGUGUUUUGGAGAUGCUGAGCUGUUCCAAGUUCUCCGACCUGGAGACAUGGCUGUGCAUGCCGUCCUCGAUGCUUCUGCCCAGACUCCUGGACUCCACCCGCACCUCCUCUUCCUCCUCGUCCAUCGGCGGCGUGUCCAACUGCUCCUCGUCCGCCUCCUUCGCCUGCCGCCGGUCCACCUGCAGCGAUGCAGACAUGGCAGACAGGCUGCCAGACAGGGAGGCCACCUUCCUCACCCCUGCGCUGGGCAAGGAGACGCCAUUCCUGGUCACGCCACUCCUGCCCAUCCUCACCUCCACGCCUGCUACUGCGGCACUGGUGUCAGCAGGGGACUCCACCCCCCAAGGCGGGGUCAGCAUAAGGAAGCGCCGACGUCUCGCUGCCAGCCCCGGAGGACUGCACUGGAAAUCUGCAGUUUCAGUGCCCAACGUAGGUGGAGAAGAGGAUGGUGCAGGUGAACUGGCCAAGAACUGCCUCCUGGCUCGUGGGGGCGGGGCUUCACAGGCGUGGGUCGGCGACCGGGCGGCCGUGAGGAAGACUGUUUCGGUGGAUGACCGACUACUGCAGCCGGUGGGCGGAGAGCAGCGCCACCUGAAGCUGCUGAGCCGACUGGAGAGAGGAAGAAAGAAGCUGCGCAACGUUCACAGUCUGGGAACUCCGAGCAGAUACGACUCCAGAAAGAAGUCAGACAGCAAGAUCGCGCGCUUGGCUCAGAGGUGGAACCAGCGUGCUGCUGGGGAUGCGCUGAUUAAAGAACUGAAGCCCCUGUUUCACACAGGACCAUCCAGCUCCUCGCUCAGCCUGGACAGACGCCUCCCGGCUGUAAUGACCCAGCAGAUGCAGAACCUGCAGCUGUCCCAAGCCAAGAAGUGCCCCGGUGGGCCGGCCUCCCCCAAUGCCGCCAAGCGCCUCUAUCGGAACUUGUCGGAGAAGCUGCGAGGAAGCACGUCGUCCUUCGAAGACGCAUACUUCUUUGGAAAGACUGAUCGUCUCCGCAAGGCCUCGACCAUGCAGGGCAGCGACUGCCUCUUCGAGGCCGUGGAGCAGCAGGACCUGGACACGGUGCAGAUUCUGGUCUGCCAGUUCUCGGCCGAAGAUCUGGACCUCAACACCCCCAACAGCCAGGGCCUGACGCCGCUGGACAUCGCCAUCAUGACCAACAACACGCCCAUCGCCAAACUGCUGCUCAAAGCCGGUGGCAGAGAAGGCCCGCACUUUGCAAGCGCCGAGAGCCGGGAGGCCCACCUGAGCGCUCUGGUGGCGGAGGCGGAGCAGCGGGCGUCCGACCUGGCGGCGCGGGCGCAGCGGGACGGCCUCUCACUGGAGGCCUGUCACAAGGACAAACAGCUGAGGGCGUGGGAAUGGAGGUGCAAGCUGUACAAGCGCAUGAAGAGCGGCUUCCAGCACGCACGUCCUCCGGAGGCUCCGACCAUGGUGCGUCUGAGCGUGAGCAGUAGCUCCACGCUGACCGUGGCUUUCCAGGAGCCACAGUGUCUCAACUCCUCCGUCGUGACCAAGUACAGAGUGGAGUGGAGCUGCCUGAAGGACUUCUCGCUGCUUGCUGGAGAGAUGCUGCUGGAAAACCUGCACAUCCUCAAGUGCACCAUUAGCAGCCUCACCACGGGUCGUCUCUACUAUGUGCGAAUAUCGGCCUACAACAUGAAGGGCUGGGGUCCUCCUGCAUCCUCCUUGCCUCCAUCUGCUGCUCCUUCCAACUGGCGAGAGAGCGAGGGGCGGGAACCCAGGAGGCGGAGUCACAUUGACGCUAUGGAGCGUCUGCUGCAGCAAGUCAGAGCCACGCACUCGCACUACUGCUGUGGAGACGCUUCCAAGCUGCAGAACCCCAGCAGGAAGCAGUCGGUCUCCAGAAGCCUCAAACAUCUUUUCAACUCCUCCAACAAGUUUGUGAAGACACUGAAGAGGGGGAUCUACUUGGCGGCAGUGUUCUACCACAAGGACAGUCUACUGGUCACAGCCGAGGACCAGAUCCCCAUCGUGGAGGUGGACGACUCGUACAGCAGCUCCCUCAUGCAAGACUUCUUGUGGUUCACUAAGCUGUCCUGCAUGUGGGAGGACGUGCGGUGGCUGAGACAGAGUACUUUGGCAUCUAUGUCCUCGUCCUCCACGUUGCAGGCCCGCCACAAGAUGCUCAGCGCCGCAGGGCAGCUGCAGAAUCUCCUGGGAACUCACAACCUGGGCCGGGUCCACUAUGAGCCCAUCAAGGAUCGCCACGGCAACGUGCUGCUGGUGACUAUCCGUGACACCGAGAGCCAGCACUCGCUCUCCAGCGGGAAGUGGAUGCAGGUGACCAAACUGCAGAGUCAAAGGAAGUCCCUGUCCACGCCCGAGGAGCCCUAUGCGCUCGACAUCCUCAUCAUCACCUUACAGGACAUUUUGGCGUACCAGCGCCGCAGCACCCUCCGCCUGGCCCCGGGCCUCUAUCUGGGCUACCUGAAGCUCAGCAGCUCUGUGGACCAGAUCAGGGUCUUGGUCUCCCAGAGGACGCCCAACAUGCUGUGUCACGUCCGCGUACGAGAGAACUCCAACGUCUCCAGGGAGGAAUGGGACUGGAUUCGCAAGCUGUCUGCGGUCGGCGAGAAAGAUCCAAACUGCGAGGAAAGUGAAGAAGCACGUCCCAGGCCUGAAAGCCAUGCCCCUUUGCUGUUCUACGAGCUGCAGACGGCGAUCAAGUCCCUGCUGAAGCUCAUCAACCUACCUCUGCACCAGGCCCGGCACUUCCGUCUCUACAGUCAGGAAGUGGUGGAGCUCGGUCAUGGCAUCUCCUUCCUGCUGUUGCUGCCAGCCGCUGAUGAUGUUUGCUCCGCCCCCGGUCAGUCCAACCCCUACACGCCGCUGUCAGGAUUCCUGCAUCUGCCCCUGCAGAUGUUUGAGCUGGUGCACUUCUGCACCUACAAGGAGAAGUUCAUCAGCCUGUACUGUCGACUGUCCUCCGUGCUGGACCUGGACGCCCUCAUUACCCAGCAGGCUCUGCGGGAGGCCAUCACGGACAGCGAGGUGAUGACAGCCAGGCAGAGGCAUCAGCUCGUACUGGACUACAUCCAUCAGCUGGACGAAACGCGUCGAGACCUGCGCUGGCUGACGGACGCGCUGCAGUACGCUCGCUACAAGCAUCCGCGCGGCGGCGUUCCCGUCACCUGCCUGGUGGACGCCAGCGCUCCGGAAAGUGACUCGAGCCAGCAGAAGAACGACUCCACCUCCUCCAACAUGGACUACCCGCCCACCCCCUCCCCCUCGCCGGAACUGUGCAGGAGGAAGGCCAUCAGCGACUCGCUGCUGUGCUCGGAUGAAGACGGCUCCUCUGAGGUGUUCCUGCCUACGGACAGCGACUACGACUCCAGUGAUGCCUUGAGCCCCCGUGAGCUGGACCUGCUGUACUCACCCCCCCAGGACCUGUCCCAGCAGGCCAUGCAUUCUCUGGGAGGAAGCGCCCCCGACGUGCUCCAGAUACACGAGCUCAGGUACAGCACCCCCCCGCUGAAGGACCUCCCCCUGUCCCCAGCAGUGAAGGAUUGUAAAGAUGGACCCCUGUCCUCACCCCUUCUCCCGCACUCUCCAUCUCUGUCUAAAGACUUCUCUACCUUUCCUUUUGGUCUGCCUCGCUCCCCCUCCCUCCCCAGGGCGCUCCCCACCUCGCCGUCCACACCCCUAUCCCCCAGGUUAUCCAGUGACCUUCCGCUGUCCUUGCCGCUGUCCCCUGCCCUGUCUGACACCACCAGGACUCUACAAGGCCUCUCUCUCUCCAAGAAACACCACGAAGGUACCCAACCCCUGAGGGCCAUCUCCAACCCCCCCUCGAAGCGCAAACUGCUCUCCAGGAGCCACCGGGGGCAGUAUUUCAGCGGACCGCAGCGCUGGCUCAGGGGCCACAGCGGUGAGUGUCACACGGGGUCCUUAUCUGAGGGCGUCUACACCAAGCAGCGUGACCCUGACCUGCCCCCGCCCCAGGACCCACCCCACCCGCAGGGCAGCACCUAUGCGAGCCAUACCACCUGCAUGCUGGAGAGCCGCAAGGCCCGCCUUCGCGACCAUAGGCCCCACGUCCGCAGGAUCUUUGUGGAGCCCUGCAAGGAACUGUUGCCGGGCAACGGGAGGCGGGGCCAGGAGGCGGAGGUGGCAGGUGUGUGUGUGGUAGAGACGGAGUCUGGAGGGGAGGAGCCAGAAAGAGCCGCUGGCCAGGACGUAGACUCGGACGACCAAACCAACGCCCAAGUGUCUGAGAUACUCAGCAGCACACUGUAGGCUCCGCCCCCUUUGGACGUUUGCCGCUACACUCAUAUUAAGUUUCUUUUUGGCCCCGCCCGCGGGCCCCAUCAUGUGACCACGAGGUGUCUGCCACUCACAAAGGUAACCGCUUUCCAGUUUCUCUUUUCUUCGUGGCGAGCCGUGGCGGCCUGUGGCAACCCCGUGGCGAGCGUCUCUCAGAACUUAGUAGAUUGUUCUAUAAAGUUGCUGGUUCAACUUGGCCAAGCCUCGGACCUCCUGGCGUCGACUGUUACACAGAUAAUCAUCAAUGCAACCAGGAACAGGAUUUUUGCACAUUGACCACCAAAAACAAAGACAAGCUGGUUGCAUGGCGGCUCUUAGUAAAGUUCUGAUCAGUCGUGUGAAUCUGGACGGGUUCUCCUCUACUUGAAGUGAAUGUCCAGUUUAGAUGUUACUUACACCACUAAAGCAUGGAAGUAUUUUUCUACUCUGACGGACAGCAGUAUGAUUUACUAUGAUUUUGUAUUGUUUAGUGUGAUUUAUUGUUGUUUAGUGUGAUUUUGUGUAUUUUUUGGUGCAGGAUGGCUUUAAGUGGCAUGUCGGGUCAGGACCUUCUGGUUUGCGUUGUCUUUUUCUCGGACGUGCUCUCCACGUUUUGUGUUAUUUAUGUUUUGGAUGAUAAGGUGCACAGGUUGUUUACGCGUCUGCACGGUCCUUUCACACGUUUUCAUGUUUGCACACUCUGGAAUAAAAGCUCAUGCAAAGUGUGAUGAAAAGACGUCGUCAUUGUGUGGAUUUGUGUAAACAAAUCCGCAGCGGAGCGUCUGCGAGUAGAAUUCAGGAGGCGUUUGAGGAAUGCGAGCGACUGGCGAGCCCGAGCCGUGGCGUCUGCAGAUGCCGUGCACGUGGGUGUGAAGUGCAUGGAGUCACACCACCCCUGGAGGUGGAGAGGAGAGGAGAGGAGAGGAGGGGUGGGGGGUGUUCCCGCCAGAGGGCUCCAAGCAUUCGGGAGCGUCGGUCCAAGCCACAGGAUCGCUGACACCGCAGGACUUGGCUCGCCGGACAAGGAGCCGGUCAGAGAGCGCCGGCACUGAAAGCCUCUUGUCAUGUAUGUGCGCUGGAGGCCGACGUCCACACGUGCACUUACAGUACGUUUUGGUUUUUUUAAACACUCAGGCUGCCGAGUGCAUAACAAGGCAGCAGGUGGCGCUGUAGGUGAUAACUUCAUCUCUGCAUCGCCCGAAGUCAGCUGGGAUAGGCUCCAGCAUACCCGCGACCCUAACGAGGAUAAGCGGCAUGGAAGAUGGAUGGACAAGCUAAGAUGAUAGCUUAGCGUAUGUAACCCGACUGGUCCGCCCCAGCGUAUACGCGGGGCUCCAACAAAGGUCCACCGAAUGACAAUCCAGAGCGCUAGGCGGUAUCGAGCUAAAAUAAACAGGAGAACCUCGGUUAGCGUAUGCCCCAGUUUGCGUGUUUUUUGGUUAAUGUCACAAAUUAAAAAAAUAUGCAUGCAUUUUCAGGAUAGCGUACAAUAUGGCACGUUAGCUUACUCAGUCCCAGCCACUUUUCAAAAGACACGUUCACUACCUGCCAUUUUAUAUGAUUUUGACGGCUCUUUCAAGGCGCACAGAAUAUUGUGUUUUAUGGCUACAUAAGCAUGGAACCUACCAAAAGAAAGGAAAAAAAGGGUUUGUCUCUAACUUUUUCCAUCCUUUAGUAGUCAGUAGUAGAAUAUUCGUACGUUUCAGGAAAAUAUCAGUUCCCGACUAAAAAAAAAGGGGAAAAAAAAUGAUUUUCAUUAAAAGAAAGCAUGACUUUCACUUUGACACAAAUAUUUUUUGCUUUUGCGACAGAUCAGAUAUCUAAACAACUAUAGCAGCAUAAACAACAUAAAAAAGGGGUUGUCUUACAUCAAAAUAACAAUUUAUUUACAAAUAUAGCACCAUGAACUAUUUACAAUUUUCACAUUUGGAACUGAUUUAUGUGCGUGCGUUUGCAUGCGUUAAAAUGUUGCUACAGUGCGUAACCUUCCGCACACUACACUCCUCCACGCUCUCUCACUUCCUCCUUCCUGUCAUGUGUGAUUCUUCAUUGAAAUGAUCCCUGCCCAGCUCUAAAUGCACUUCUGCCAAUUUGUGGCUGUUUUUAUAGCUUAUAAGUGCUCUGAAAUGUUGGUGCAUUAGUGCAGAGUUGCAUCAUCACCUCUUUUUGCCCCUCGCACAAAAAAACUAAAGACCUAUAAAUACGUUGUUGGGAUGGGGCAUUCGGGAUUAUAACAACGUGUAAAUAUGGUUUUGCUAUUGAAAGAGUUAAUGCACUGCGUGAGUCCAUCUGUGUUCCUUCUGUAUUUUAACAUUCUUGUUAGCAUCCUAUUAGCUUGUUAAUGCAUGGUCACAGGAAGCGAACGUGAGCUCUGUCGCCCGGCUAUGAUGUCAUCAGAGGUUGACUGUAGUUCCUUUCUAACACAGUUUCACAUACUUUUAAAAACCUUCCUGACAGCCCUGACUUAACUUCGCUGGAGAUGUGGUGACAUGUUGACAGACACAACGUGGCAGCGAGAUCAACACGGACACCACCUUCCUGUUUUGCUAUGAGUUAUUUCUUGAAUCCAAUCAUGUUUCUCACCUUCUUUAUCAAAAUGCUUCCACUUGCGACUUUCUUUGGCUCCGUUUUGGGAUAGUUCGCAGCUGUGAUGAAAAGAAAAGCAGAGUCUUGAGGUGAGAAACGCUAUUGAAUUUUUAAAAAUCACUCAUGGCAAAACAGGAAGGUGCCACAUUGUGUCUUUGGCAACAAUCACAUCUUCAGUGGAGGUAAUCAUUCAUCAUUUAUGUGCUUUUAGAAUUGUUUUUUGCAUGUAAAACUACAGGGUGGGCCAAAAGGAGUUACCCAUCGCAUAUCUCUAUCGUGUUCGCUUAGGUUUUGUCCUAGAAGCUUAAAAUUUUGGAUAGUUUCUCUCAAAAGGUAUAGCUUUUGAUGUACCAAAGUUCAGUUGUUUACUCCUAAUGAGUGUCGAGUAUGGCAUCGAAGGGUAAGCGUGACCAGAUUGUGGCCUUGAAGGAGGCUGGACUGACAACAAAGGAAAUCAUGAAAAAGGUGAAUGUUUGUCGUAAGACUGUCUACAAUGUCAUGAAACGAUACAAGGAGACUGGCGAGACCACCAGCAAGCCAAUCCCUGGAAGAAAACGUUCAGUCCGAACCAAAAGGGUUGUUGAGAUGGUGAGGAAGAGAGUCCAAAGGAAUCCUCGCAGGAGCAUGAGGGCAACAGCAAAGGAAGUGAACAUCUCAAGAACUUCAUUGAGAAGAAUUGUCAAACAGGAUCUUAGACUGAAAGCACUAAAAAUGCAACACAGACAACUAAUUUCAGCCGCUUCAAAGAAAAAACGGCUUCACAGGGGGAAAAUGAUGCUGCAGGAGAUCCAGAGUGCCGCAAACAAAGUCCUGGUUUGGUCUGAUGAGAAGAUCUUCACCGUUCAGGCAGUGGUCAAUUCCCAGAAUGACAGGGUUUAUGCACAUAGUACACAGCACCUACCAGAAGGCUGCAGAACUCAUUUCCGUCGUCAGAAGCCAGCUGGAGUCAUGGUGUGGGCUGCUGUUGCAUCUGAUGGCUCAAAAUCUCCUUUGGUCUUCAUUCAGGAGGGUGUGAAAGUGAACAGCCAGGUCUACAUUCAAAUGCUUGAAGAAAACGUGUUGCCAUGGUGUACCAAUGCGUUUGGAAACCAGUAUAUUUUCACACAAGAUGGUGCACCCGCUCACACAUCCAAUGUCACACAAACCUGGUGCAAGGAGCACUUUCCUGGCUUCUGGGACAAGAACAUGUGGCCUCCAUCAAGUCCGGACAUCAACCCAAUGGACUUUGCGAUCUGGUCUAUCCUGGAGAGGGAGGUCUCAAGAGUAUAUCACAGCAGUGUCACCGCUUUGAAGAAAGCUUUGAUGACAUCAUAGUCAAAACUUGAUGCAGAGAUAGUGCGGCGCUCAUGCCAGGCAGUGCCAGGUCGUCUCCAGGC